CGCUAUAGCUUAACUUUAAUCAGAUCAAUCAAUCACAACCUACAGUACAGUCAGCGCCGAUAGAGAAACACGGAGGCUAUAACAUCAACAUCAGGAACUCUAUAUCUCCCUUGGAUGAGUUGAAGCUCGUAUUUAGGACGUAUCCUCUGAGUAACGCGAUGGUCGUGUACUCGUUUCACAUAUUUGAUCGUCACACCGAGUGCAUAUACAGUAAACACUGGUUACCACGACCAGUAUCUUCAGCACCGAGCAAGCAAGGCCGACCGCAAUCAAAUUCAACCCUCGGUACCUACGACGGCGAGGAUGCCAUAAGCACGCAGCCUUCUGGGCUCACUGCCCAAGACGAUGCGAAACUCCUUUUUGGUACUGUUUUCUCGCUCAGGAAUAUGGUCCGCAAGCUCGGCGGUAUGGACGACAACUUCGUCUCAUACUCGACCGGCCAAUACAAGCUUCAUUAUUAUGAGACCCCAACCAACCUCAAGUUCGUUAUGCUCACGGAUACGAAAACCAAUAAUCUGCGCAUGGUUUUGCAUCAGAUAUACGUAAACCUUUAUGUUGAAUUUGUUGUGAAGAACCCUCUCAGUCCGGUUGAGCACCCUAAGGGCGAAGGAGUAGCCAAUGAAUUAUUCGAGAUGGGGGUGGAGAGUUUCAUCAGUGCCGCGUUUUAACGGCAGCAUUGAGCUAAUCGAGUAGUUCUUACAUUCUUAGAACCAAAGGAUGGAUUUAAUACCCUUAAGUAUAAACAUUUAUGGCAUCAGGCGUUUGGUUGCUUAUGGGCGGCAAUAGACUUCAAAUGACCUUUGUUUUCUUGUUUUUUCUGUUUUUGAGGGGGUUUCGGCGGGUUUGAAAACAGAAACCCUGCAACGGGGAGAAACAAUGACAGCUCUAAGAUACGCGCAUUACUCGAAGUCGGAGGGUCGCAGAAAUGUCAUGUUGUCGAGAUGUUCUGCGCUGACAGUUUCCGGAUAAAAGCCAAUCGAAAGUAGCUUUGAGAAAGACCUAAGGGAAUUUUUGCCUCAAUGCAGCAUGCAUAUGAUAUCAACUGGAAGUAGACCAAGCAAGUUGUUUAAUUAACCCGUUUUCAUUAAGCCUAGUAGCCUAUAGAAUGAUGGAUAAGG